UGUGAACAUCCAGGAUGUGGAAAGACAUUCACUCGACCUUACAACUUGUCAUCGCAUUCUCGCACUCACACCUCAGAAAGACCCUUUUUAUGCCCACACCCUACAUGUGACAAGGCGUUUGCACGACAACACGAUCGAAACCGACAUGCAAAGUUACACUCGGGCAUCAAACCCCAUGUAUGUCCCAACUGUGGAAAGGCAUUUGCUAGAACCGAUGCUUUGAAUAGACAU